AUGCAGGAGACCUACAGGAUUUCAGGCCAUCAUGCAAUCGAUCAACGCUGCUAUUUCAACGACGUUGAAAACGCCUACGGCCUUGGAAUGGGCGUCUUAGACGUGACCUACGAUGUACCGAAGGACGUCAUGGAGAAUUUUUGGAGUCAUGCGAAAAAGUAUCACAUGAAAUUUAAAGACCAACAGAGCCGAAAAACCAGCAUCGAGCACCCAGUUAUAGAAAAGCUGACUGGACAGAACCCAUUUUUCCUCAUAGAUUCAGAGGGUUUGGAUUCUCCUCCACCCAAAAUAGGGACUUACGGCACUACGAACAUGCGAGACGUGACCAAGCUCAUAGGCAAGUGCGGCGAUAAUGUCGACCUGAUCUACUACGACCGAUUCACGUCUGUGCAGGAGGAGUGCUUCAUCUGGUUGAGCACCAUACAGACCUUCAACGGGCAGCUCAUGCACUCCAUGCAGUACAACACUCAAUACAUAGAGGAAUCGCUGGCGAAAAAAAUCGCCCAGUCAACUUUCAAGAUCCUGAGAGAGGUUGUGGAUCAGCCUUAGCAACGACGUUAUAGUAUGUGGAAAAAUCACCAAUGACAGAGCUAAACUGUAAUUUGAAACCAAAUUAUUGCAAAUAAUUAUAUUUAUAUACAAAUGUCGUCAGAUAGGUGAUUGAAAUUUAAUACGGGAGCUAAAAUCUUGUCAUUUAGGAUUAUUCGCAUUACUCAUCCAUACCAAAGUUCAAAACCUUGUAAAUUCAUCAGAAUAGUCUUCCAUCGACGAACCCUUAUUAGACUCAUCAUUCUAUGUGCCAAAAAAGUUAAAGGCAAGCGAAAAAGUUUUACUUAGAAACAUCCCAUGCAGAGCAGAAUCAAAUGGUUUGAAUGAGAGUUCAAAUGAGGUACAGAUGAAUUACAUAAAAAAUCAUAAUUAGAUAAUUCGCAUCAUACUAGAUUAAUAAUUGAGCCAAUGAACAUUUCCAAGUUUCAUAAAUUAAGGAAAUUCAUUAUAAGAAAGGUUACUUUUUCUAUAUUAAAACCCAUAUAUGUACUUACAUUUUUAGGAAAUCAUUUCUUACUACCGCCAUUGUCAUUGUAUCUUUUCACUGACACUUCCACAAUAAAAUAUUUUCGAAUAAUG